GGAGCGGCGAUGCAAUCGUCGAGCUGCCGCUGCGACCAGGGCAGCAUAGCUCGGCGUUGACCGAGUCUGGUGUGUUGGGUCCGUCCUCGGCGAGCUGCUGCGGAACUGGCUUCUCUGUGGUCACCCAUCCCCUCAAAUGCCAGCACCGCACCCGCCGAUUCGCCCGCUCUGCCUCUUCCACAGUCCGCAAUCCGCCAUCCAGUCCCUCCCACCUACCCGCGAUGAGCACCCCUCGAGGCCAUCGACCAAAGACCGUCAUUCGUGCUGUCAAGCGGAGCCGCCACGACUACAACGAGCUAUGGCCGAAAAUCGCAAAUGCCAUCAUGGAGAUAUACCGCCAGAAUGCUGGGAUGCUGAGUUUUGAGGAGCUGUACCGAACGGCAUACAACCUGGUGAUCAGCAAGAACGGAACCCAGCUCUAUAACGAUGUCCGCAAGGCUAUAUCGAAUCAUCUGGAUAACGUUGUACAAGUAGAGCUGGUUCCAAGCCUCUCGUCGACCUCGGACAGUACCGGAGGAAAGCCGUUCCUCAAUGAUCUGGAUCGAUCCUGGGAAACUCACAUCGUCCAAUCCGGGAUGAUCGGGGAUAUCCUGCUGUAUCUCGAUACACAACACUUGAAGCCCCUUGGAGAAACCCUCAUAUACGACAUGGCCUUGAACUUAUAUCGUGAUGUUGUUAUCCACUCGAGCUUACACAAGCCCCUCAUCAAACUGCUGCUGGAUCUGAUCCAUCGCGAAAGAAAUGGGGAGAGUGUGGAUCGACUCAUGCUCAAGUCAACACUGCGAAUGCUCACGGGAUUGACAAGUGGCCCAAAUUCACGAUAUACUAUCUACGAUACCGACUUUGAGCCACGAUUUCUCGAAGAAAGCCAGGCUUUUUACGAGACGGAAAGCGAGGUAUUUCUCCGUGAAUGCGAUGCCGUCCAGUACUUGAUCAAGGUUGAAAAGCGACUCCAGGAUGAAGAACAGCGCGUAACGGGAUACAUGAACAGAGAGACUGAGCCUAAAAUCAGGGCCAUACUGGAAGAUAAACUAAUCAAAACAAACAUGAAAACGCUGAUUUAUAUGGAAAACUCCGGACUCGUCAAGAUGCUUGAAAAUGGACACGUCGACGACCUCCAACGAAUGUACAGCCUGCUUGGCCGAACUGAAGAUGGCCAUACCGAAAUGAAGGCCGUGAUUUCAGGGUAUAUCGAAUCCUGUGGCGUCAGUAUCAAUGAACCAUGGGUCCAAAGUCAAGAGUUGCGAGGUCCUGGGAAGGGCGAAGCCAUUAAUACGCCCGCGGCCGCAAUUCAAUGGGUCGAAGCGAUCAUCGAAGCCAAAACAAAGAUGUAUCGUAUUUUGGAUCAUGCGUUUUCAAGCGACAAGUCUUUCCGGGCAGACAUCGACGCUGCCCUCGCUGUAGUCGUUAACCAGAAUUCGAAGUGCCCUGAGUGCGUCUGCCUCUUUAUUGAUGACAAUUUGAGAAAAGGAAUCAAAGGGAAGUCUGAUACCGAAAUCGACAUUUUGUUGGACAAAGCUAUUGAGGUCUUUCGGUUCAUUCAAGAGAAGGAUAUUUUUGAGCGCUAUUUCAAACAGCACCUGGCCAAACGUCUUCUACUUGGCACAAGCGUUAGCGAGGAUGCUGAAAAGAGUAUCCUUUCGAAACUGAAGAUCGAAUGUGGAGUUCAGUUCACAAACAAGCUUGAGGGCAUGUUCAACGACAUGCGAGUGUCGGAUGAGAUUACCGCCGACUUUGACGAUCGGGUUUCGAAUCAGCACUCGGGCACCCCAGGAUUAUCUAUCAAGGUUCUCACAGCAACGUACUGGCCAGUAACGUCAAACUUGCAAGCCGUUCACUAUCCCCAGGAGCUCGUGAGCAACAUGAUCCAAUUCGAGAAGUACUACUUUUCACGCCACUCCGGUCGCAAGUUGACAUGGCUGCCGCAUCUUGGCGAUUGCGAUAUCCGAGCCUACUUUGAAAAGGGCACCCGUCUCUUGAACGUUUCGACUCUUGCUGCAAUCACUCUCCUCUCCCUGGCCAACGCACCCGAAGGGAGCCAGGAGGUCGAGUACUCUGAUAUCCAGACCCAGACAGGCAUAUCCGAUAGCGAGCUCAAACGCACACUUCAAUCGCUCUCCCUUGGCAAAUACAAAAUACUUCUCAAGUCCACGAAGGGUCGGGAUAUAGCCCCUACCGAUCGAUUCCAGAUCAACACGGAGUUUUCUUCGCCCCUUCAAAAGAUCAAAAUCAAAACCAUAUCCAGCUCGACUUCUGAUGGCGCUUUGGCCUCAAAGUCAGGCAACCAACUCGAGUCGAGCAAAGAGAGAGCCGAAACGAUGGAAAAGAUCGAGGAAGAACGGCGGCACAUAGUGGAAGCGGCCGUUGUUCGGAUCAUGAAAUCGAGAAAGCAGCUCGACCAUACUAAUCUGUGUUCAGAAGUGCUGUCGCAACUCAAGUCCAAGUUCCAGCCGAAUCCGACUAUCGUGAAGAAGCGCAUCGAGGGACUGAUCGAACGCGAGUACCUUAGGCGCGACGAGGUCAAUAGAAACAUUUACCACUAUAUUGCCUGAAGCAAGAAUAGCGCAAGCCACCGGUUGUAUAUCGCUCGAGCUCUCCUCGUGGAACAAGGCCGAUGGCUGCAUGAGGGAUAUGAUCCGGGGCCAGCAGUCAUACUACACGAGCGAUGCAUGCGCUUUCAUCUUUGGCUGCAUGAUGAGCUAUUCGAGUUUCCGUGUGGUCACCUGGAGGAUUCGAAAAAAGGACACGAAGGCCCUCGAGCUUGAGGUCGACCAUCACUUUGUUCCUCACCAUGUCGACGCUCCUCAACGAUCCACGGCAUACGCUCGGCCUCGUGCUGCUGUGAUACAAUGCAAUAUU